GCAGUUCAACAGACAUUUUCUGCUCAGUGUUCCUCUUAGAGUUCUGGUUGGUUAGACAAACAGGCUGGAGGGAGGCCUUGGGAACAGUCUGCUGAGGAGGAUUUCUUCCAGGAAGUCUCACCAGCGCAACAACAGUCCGCAACCCCAAGAGGCCAAUGAAAUGGGGGGAAGUGGAGAUGACAGCGGGCCAGGCAGGCUGAGCCGUAGAUUUUCUCGCCUGAGCGGCAGGCAUCACUCCAGGGAUCCUCCGAGACCUCCAGUUCAGCCCGAAAGACCUCCUGCUCCGCCUGUUCAACAAGAUGACAGGCCUUCUCCACCAGAACCUGCUCCAGCUCCAGCUCCCGCUCCUGUUUCUCUCCCGCCACCCAUAGAAAUACCACCUAAACGCCCAGACAAAUCCACAAAGCCCAAACUUCCCCCUCGGCCGCUGUCCAAGGUGUUCAGUAGCACUGAACAUGGAGCAGCUGUUUUGCAGGGCUUUGAUAUUUUUCGGUCAGAUGAGACUCUCUGUGAUGUCGUCUUGGUGCCUGGGGACAGCAAGGAAACUUUCCCAGUCCACAGAGUCAUCAUGGCUUCAUCCAGUGACUAUUUCAAGGCUAUGUUCACAGGUGGCAUCACCCGUGACACAUUUCAGAAGGAGCUUUGGUGUUACGACCCAGUCGCUGACACAUGGAACCGACGAGCCGACAUGAUGGAGCUCCGUGGUCUGCACUGCAUGUGCACCGUAGGAGACAGACUCUAUGUCAUGGGCGGGAAUCACUUCCGAGGCAGCAGCGACUAUGACGACGUCCUGAGCUGCGAAUACUACAGCCCAGAGACAGACCAAUGGAUGGUGGUGGCACCAAUGCCACGGGGCCAGAGCGACGUUGGUGUGACAGUGUUUAACGGGCAGAUCUAUGUUGUAGGAGGGUAUUCCUGGAACAGCAGAUGUAUGGUUGACAUUGUGCAGCGCUAUGAUCCAGAGCAGGACGUGUGGGACAGGGUGUUCAACGUUCUGGAGCCUCUGGGGGGGAUUCGUGCCUGUACAAUGACAGUUCAUCUGCCGGAGGGGUCGGUGGACGAGGCUGAGAUACAGGAGUGUCCACUGCCCACAGCUAAAAGCUGAUCGUGGGGUUUCCGACUUUUGCCACUGUCAGACCAGAGUUGGCAAGACGGAAUUAGUAUGUUGAAGGCAAGAAGAAGGCAAAGCAGAAAAUUAGUGUGGGUUGCAAACAUGCUGCAGAUGCAAGCAUUGCUCGCUAGUUAACAUUAGCAUUCAACUGUCUUGUGCCAUUUCCUGUCCUUGCCUUUACUCUCAGCCAUGCAGCAUCCCCCCUGCUCUGCUGCUUGUGUUCUUCCACUCUGCGAUUUCAGUAUGUAAAAGGAAACACUCCGUCACAUCCUUAAAGAAACCCACCCUCCCUCUCAAAGUGGCAGGACAUUGAUUGAUGAGUAUCACUGUUUCACAGGUCAAAAUUCAAUCAGAUGGACUCUUUUGGUGUAAACGCAGCUUUAGACUUCAGCACUGAAAUAACGUGAUCAAAAGAUAAAGCUGCCGUUAUUUUAUCAUUUCAUUACCCUCUACUAAUCUCAUUGAUAGACCAAAAACAAUGAUGACUUUAUCCUGCUAACAAGUACUGUCUUGGUAACUACAAAAAUUUCAAAGCAUGUCAGAGAAAUGUCAUCUAUGAUGACGCACAAGUUGCGAGGACUAUACUGAGCUCUCUUCAUAUCAUAAUGUAGGAUGGAGGAAUGUGUAAAAAUCAUUUGUGUUUUGCGGCAUGGAGUCAUGAGAUGUAAGCUAGACAACAAAGACAGCGUGUCUAUUAUGAUUUAGAACUUGAAUAGGGACUGUACAGAAGAAAGUGGAAAUCCCCUCAAUAUAAACAAAUAAAGCAGCUUAUUUUUAAGUUUUGGUCUGGGUUUUGGCCUUACUACUUAGCUAAAGACACUGUUGAAUCAAUUCUAAUGAUUGCAUAAAUCAUCAAUAUGAAGUAAAAUAGCCUUUUAUUUCCUUCCAUAAAUCCUAAAUAAAGAGAGAUAAACUAGAUCCCAGUAGAUUCUCAUAAAAUGUACUGCAGUUAGUUUUUCCAUUAGCCUACCCAUAUAAAGCUGAGACUGUUCCUGAGCUUUAUGCUUAAGAACAGAAGCUCUGGAGUCAUUACUGUUUGAUGCUGCUUGAAAAGUAAAAGAGGACAAACAGCAAGAUGCUUAUAGAUGUAACUGCUGUACCUUUCUGCUUUAACACAAGCUCUGUCAAGUACUGUUAGCAGAAACAAUGUAUGGAUACAUGUUAGAUUUGUUAUGUAUAUUUAUAUUAUAUGCGGUGUUAAAAUACAAAUAAAAGGUUGAUUAUGA